ACCACGCUCGGGAGGAACACUUUCCCACAUGGCUUCUGCUGUCACUAGUUUUCCACACGACGUUGAUGAAUGGUCACCAAAGCCUGCAGCUCCAGGAAUCAUCUGCCCUCGCCCAGACUGCACCAUGGACUGCUGGGAUGUGGUCUACAGCCCCCUGUGGAUGGUGUCCACGGUCCUGCUGGCUCUGCUGGUGCGUCUCCAGCGGCGAGGAGGCUGGGACCCGCGUUCCUGCCACACGCAGCUCCGUGGGAAGACCGCAAUAGUGACUGGAGCCAAUUCAGGUAUCGGGAAGUCUAUUGCCAUGGACUUUGCUGGCCGUGGCGCCCGUGUCCUCCUGGCCUGUCGAAGUGUGUCCCGGGGGGCGGCGGCGGCUGAAGACAUCAAAGCAAAAACGGGCAACUCUGACGUCCACGUGCGGCAGGUGGAUCUUUCCUCCCUGGACUCUGUCGGGGAAUUAGCCCAGAAGAUUUUGAAGGAGGAGAAAGCUCUUCACAUCCUGGUCAACAAUGCAGCAGUUUCAGGUUUACCCCGGCAGAUUACCCACGACGGAUUUGAGGUUUCUUUUGCAACCAAUCAUUUGGGACCCUUCCUUCUCACCAACCUUCUGACUGACCUGAUGAAGACUUCCGCUCCAGCACGGAUUGUCACCCUCAGCUCUGUCAACCACAAAAAGGGUGAAGUGGACUUCUCUCACUUUCAUGGGGAGAAUUUGACUCACCGUUUGGAUCGUGUUUACAACCACACCAAGCUGCACAACAUCAUCUGCACUAACGAGUUAGCACGCAGGCUGCAGGGAACAGGUGUCACCGCCAACUCGGUCCACCCUGGUGUUGUCAUGACGGGAAUGAUGAGACAUUAUCCCUUCAGGAUUCGUUGUCUCUUCAACCUCAUUGGACAGCUCUUCUUCAAGUCCGCAGAGGAGGGAGCAGUGAGCGCCAUCUACUGCGCCGUGUCGGAGGAAGCAGAAGGCGUAACUGGGAAGUACUUUGACAGCGACUGUUCCUUGGUCCUCCCCGCCCCCUUAGCUCGGGACCCGGCCCUCGCUGCCAAGGACUUUGACAUCUGCCAGAGACUGACCUCCAGGUUGUGAUGAAAGCCCUCUUGAUAACAGGAAGGAGUCAAAGUCUGUGUUCUUUAUGCCUUCUCUGACAUCAUAAACAUCAUCACAACAAACCCAUUGCAAAAAAGAACAUGUUUGAUAUACUUUUGUGUCCUUUUUUUAUUGAAAAGUCUGAUGUGAUUUUGGACUCCUCUGGUGGUAUGUUGUCAACAACUGGGCCAUGAGUGAAAGUACACAAGACUUAUACAAUAACUUCCCUUUAUUGAGUGAUUUGACAAGAAAAUGUGCUUUUUGAAGAAUUGUGCAUCUUCUUGUGUCCUUCAGUGCUGUGCUACUUGGCUGCAGAGACAAAUUGAUAUCAUUUUGUUGUGUGAAUGUUGGCUAUUUUGUGUGGACUGCAGUACCUUUCUGUCGCUCCUCCAUCAUUUCAUGGAUGAGCUCCUCCAGCACAGGAGCCACGUGGUCCAGCUGCUUGGGUGAAAGUCGCACCGUGAUGUCCACGGUUUUGUCCUACAAACACACACAUUUUGGUUGGACAAUGACACAAGUGUACACCAACACACAGACAAUGACACAAGUGUACACAAGGUUGUGCGCACACACCAGGUCGGUGGCGUGCUCAGCUGGAGGAAGUUGCUCCACUGUGACUUCUUCAAAGUGGCCAUCCUCCGACCGAGGCUCCAUGUCCUUCCUUCCUUCUCGCUCCUGCACAAUGGAGCACAUACACACCAUGUCACUUUGUUACAGUGCCACAAUACACCUCCAGUGUACAUAAAAGAGUUGUGAUAAUAAUAAACAUUACAGUGUACAAUAUAGGAUCAUAG